AUGGAUGAUGAGUUACAACAAAAACAGAAUCAAAAACUACACCCAGACUCGUGCACUCUUUUGGAGGCGUUAUCGUUGAACGAUACGUUUUUAGCGGCGGAAAUUGUCCAAAAUCCCAACCAGAAACACAAAGGAACGCGAUGUUAUAAAGAGUACAAACCUUUAAAUACUAAUAAUCAAAUCAUCACGCUCGAAGAGCUCCUCCUCUCGACGAAGAAGAAGACGAAAAACACCGCGUUACACAUCGCCGCCUUUUCCGGGGAAGUGCAAUUUUUGCAAACGUGUUUGGAAGCUUUGAAACAAAAAAACUACUCGAAAGAAAAAAUACAAUCGAUAACGAAUUGCGUGAACGCGUCGAACGAUACGCCGUUGUUACACGCGGCAUCGAAAGGUCACUACGAGUGCGUGAACUUGUUGUGCGAAAUGGGACACGCAGAUGUGAGACACAGAAACAGAGAUGGAUUGGACGCGCUGAUGGCAUCAUGCGCGAUGGAUACGACGACGACUAUUAAAUAUUUAUUCGAGAAAGGUGCGGAUAUAGAAACCACGGACGUGAGAGGAAGGAGGGCGUUGCAUUACGCCGUGGCGAGUGAGAAUGUGAGAGCGGUGGAGUUUUUGUUAAACGAAGCGAAAGUAAACGCGGCUUGGAAAGAUUCGUACGGUCGAACCGCUUUGGACGAGUGCGUCAAUUCAAACGGAAGUAGUAGUAAUAGUGGUAACGCGGUGACGAAUCCAGAGCUCAUGGAAAUGCUCAGGAAAGGCAUGGAAAAGAGCAAGCAGUUGCAAGAGGAGUUGUUUUUGAAAAUGCUCGAAGAGGAGGAAGAAAGAGAAGAGCAAGAGAAACGCAAGAUGGAGAAGAAGAAGAACAAAAAGAAGAAGAAAAAGAACAAGGAAGAGGAAGAUCUAAGAGAGAAAAAGCCGAACGGUGAGAGCGAGGAUGAAGACAAAGAAGUAGAGGAAUUCGAACAAGGUAAAGAAGAAGAAGAAGAUACCAGCACAGAAACGACGAAAACUUCUUCCGCGUGGAUGAAAAACGCCGCGAACGGAACCGCCGCUUCUCUGUUCGAAGACGAUUCGUCCUUCGAGGUUGUCACGUCCAAAAAGAAAAAGCAGCAGCAACAACAACAACAACAACAACAACAAAAAGUGAAACCGCAGAACGACCAGAAUCAUUCUCCGUCGUUAUCAUCAUCCGUGUCGCCGCCGAAUCAUCAUUGGUCUGUUGUCGAGGAGCCAACCUCGAAAAAGAAAAAGCAGCAACAAAAAGUGAAACCGCGCGAUGACCAGAAUAAAAAUUCUCCUCCCGCUCUUCCUCUUCCUCCUUCUUCUCCACCAUGGUUAGAACGCGCGAUGAUUGAAUUCGAAGAGAAACACCCCGCAUCUGUAGAUCUCGACGUAACGAUCGAACAUCUGUUGGGUCUAAAUCUAGAAUCUUUAAGCGCGUCCCAAUUAGACGUCGUCGCGGAUGCGCACGUUGCUGCUUUGGAGGAAGUUCGUAAGCAGAGAUUACGGUUGAUUCAAAAACGCAUCAUCGAACAACGAGAAGAAGAAGAGAGUUCAAUGGCGCAAACUCUUAACGACAGCGAUAAUUAA